AUGAACGGUGCUCAAUUCACAGACAGAGCUAACAAGGCCCUGCUGGAUUCCAGCAGUUUGGCUGAACAAUACUCCCAUUCUCAGAUACUCCCUGUUCACCUCGCAGUUGCCCUCUUAAAUCCUUCCUUAGAUGAAUCAAAAGACCAGCAAGUUCCGGCGCACCCCUCACACGAUUCCGCCUCCGCCCCUCUCUUCCGCCAAGUCAUUGAACGCGCCCAUGGCGACCCUCAGCUCCUCGAACGCUCUCUCAUGAAGAUCCUGGUCCGUUGCCCAAGCCAAGAUCCUCCACCUGAGUCCGUUAGUGUCUCUCCAGCACUAGCCAAGGUUAUCCGGUCAGCUAGCGAGUUAUCCAAAACCCAGAAGGACAGCUUCGUCGCUAUCGACCAUUUGAUUGUGUCUGUCGCUCAGGACUCUCAGGUCCAGCGAGCAUUGGCAGAUGCCAACAUUCCCAACGUCAAGUUACUAGACUCUGCCGUUCAGCAAAUUCGCGGUACGAGGAGAGUAGAUUCCAAGACAGCGGAUUCAGAAAGCGAGAAUGAGAACCUCAAGAAGUUCACCAUUGAUAUGACGGCCCUGGCAAGAGAGGGAAAGAUCGAUCCUGUCAUUGGCCGUGAGGAAGAAAUUCGUCGAGUGAUUCGUAUCCUCAGUCGCCGAACGAAAAACAACCCAGUGCUCAUCGGUGAGCCUGGUGUCGGAAAAACCACCAUUGUGGAGGGGUUAGCUCGCCGAAUCGUGAAUGCCGAUAUCCCGGCCAACUUGGCUCAAUGCAAGUUGCUUUCACUUGACGUCGGCUCACUGGUUGCAGGAAGCAAGUACAGGGGUGAGUUCGAAGAAAGAAUGAAGGGAGUCCUCAAAGAGAUCGAAGAGUCUAAGGAAAUGAUCGUUCUAUUUGUCGACGAAAUCCACCUUCUCAUGGGUGCAGGCUCCAGCGGUGAGGGUGGCAUGGAUGCCGCUAAUCUUCUGAAGCCGAUGUUGGCUCGCGGCCAACUGCACUGUAUCGGUGCCACGACACUAGGCGAAUAUCGGAAAUAUAUUGAGAAGGACCAGGCGUUUGAACGACGUUUCCAACAGGUCUUGGUGAAGGAGCCUUCUGUUAACGAGACUAUCUCUAUCCUUCGUGGUUUAAAGGAGAAGUACGAAGUGCACCAUGGUGUCAACAUUCUCGACGGUGCCAUUGUUUCCGCAGCCACCCUGGCUUCGCGGUACCUGACCGCUCGUCGUCUUCCCGACUCCGCAGUCGAUCUUAUCGACGAAGCUGCCGCCGCUGUUAGAGUGACACGCGAGUCCGAGCCCGAGGCCCUGGAUAACUUGGAGAGAAAGCUCCGACAGCUGCAAAUUGAAAUCCAUGCCCUUGAGCGCGAGAAAGACGACGCAUCUAGAGCUCGCUUGGAGGCAGCUAAGCAGGAGGCAGCCAAUGUUACCGAGGAACUGCGCCCGCUGCGUGAGAAAUACGAAAGCGAGAAGAAGCGCAGCAAAGCCAUUCAGGAUGCCAAGAUCAAGCUCGACUCUCUCAAAGUCAAGAGAGACGAGGCAGAGCGGUCCGGAGAUACUGUAACCGCUGCUGACUUGGAGUACUAUGCUAUUCCGGAGACCAAAGCUCUGAUCGAAAGGCUCGAGGAAGAUCGCGCAAAAGCGGAUGCAGAACGGCGUGCUCGCUCCGGAGACGCUGGAGAGACACUGCUCGCUGACGCUGUCGGCCCCGAUCAGAUCAAUGAGAUUGUUGCCCGGUGGACUGGUAUUCCUGUCACCAGACUUAAGACCACUGAGAAGGACAAGUUAUUGAAUAUGGAGAAACACCUCGCCAAGUUAGUCGUCGGCCAGAAGGAGGCUGUGACCUCCGUAUCGAAUGCAAUCCGACUCCAACGAUCUGGCCUCAGCAACCCCAACUCGCCGCCAAGUUUCCUCUUCUGUGGUCCAUCUGGAACUGGUAAGACCUUGCUUACGAAGGCUCUUGCGGAGUUCCUCUUCGAUGACCCCAAGGCUAUGAUUCGAUUCGAUAUGUCUGAAUACCAGGAACGCCACUCUUUGAGCCGUAUGAUUGGUGCACCUCCGGGAUAUGUCGGACAUGAUGCUGGUGGCCAGCUGACCGAAAGCCUCCGGCGACGCCCGUUCUCCAUUCUCCUCUUUGAUGAAGUUGAAAAGGCAGCCAAAGAGGUUCUCACCGUCCUCCUCCAGCUGAUGGACGACGGACGUGUCACAGAUGGUCAAGGCAGAAUUGUCGAUGCGAAGAACUGCAUCGUUGUCAUGACAUCCAACCUGGGUGCCGAAUUCCUGUCUCGUCCCAGCACCAAGGAUGGACGGAUCGACCCUCAAACUCGUGAAUUGGUCAUGGGUGCUCUCCGUGACUACUUCCUUCCCGAAUUCCUCAACCGUAUCUCUAGCACCGUCAUCUUCAAUCGCCUCACGAAAAAGGAAAUCCGCAAGAUCGUCGAUCUCCGUCUGGACGAAGUUCAGAAGCGCUUGGAGCAAAACAACAAAAACGUCACCAUCGAAUGUACAGAUGAGGUCAAAGACUACCUCGGCGACGCAGGCUAUUCGCCCGCAUAUGGCGCUCGGCCUUUGGCUCGGAUCAUCGAGCGUGAAGUCCUUAACCGCCUCGCUAUUCUUAUCCUCCGUGGAAGCAUCCUCGAUGGCGAGGUGGCUCGCGUUAUCAUGCGCGAUGGUCGUAUCGACGUCUUGCCGAAUCAUGAGAUCCCGGUUGACGAAGAUCAAGAUAUGCUCGAUAGUGAAGAUGAAGCCAUAGCCGAGAUGGAAGACGGCAGUGGUGACAUGGAUCUCUACGAGUAA